UUUCUAGACUGAACCCGAAGCUGCCGCCGUGGAUUUAAAUGCUAUAUCCCCCUGCUGGACCCCUCCUCUUGCUGACGAUCACAUCUCUCUUCUUCACCUCACUCUGCGCAGCAGCAAACCAUCUAUCUCGUCUUCAAUCCGAUAGAUCUUUAAUCUUCACCUAACAAAUUUCAUCAUACGACAUCGGCAUCGUAUUCAUCAUGGCUAUGGGAAUAAUCACCAUCAUUCACGCCGUUUUGGCAGUCUUUCUCAUCAUCGAGUUGGGCCUCACCGCGUACCUCGUCGAUGCCACUUCUUCGUGGUGGAGUGAUUCUCCUGCUUCGGUAUCAUUCCUGCUCUUCUGUGUCGUCUGGUCCAUCCUCAUGCUCCUCUACCUCGCCCUGACACCUCUCUUUGCUCCUCGUAUGUACCACAACAUGGUCGCUCUCGGUAUUCUCGCCCUCACCACGCUCUUCUGGUUCGCCGGCGCUACCGCUCUCGCUGCUCACAUCGGUGUGCCUCACUGCCACGGGAUCACAACCUGUCAAUGCGCUCAAGCCGCCGUUGCUUUUGGUUACUUCAUCUGGGCCAUCUUUACCGGAUUGACCAUCAUGGAGGCUCUUGCUUUCAUGCGAUCGCGCGGUCACUCUGCUCACGCUGAUACCAAGCCCGGUCAACACUAUGGUGCCUAAAUAAUUGAGGAUGUAAUGGUUUGAUGGAUAACGUAUAUUGGAAAUGAAGCGGCGGUGGCUUUCGGUGGUUGGAUUUGUCUUGCUUUCAACUUUGUUUUUAUGCGACACGGCCACAAGAUACCCUUCAGGAACUGACAGGCUCGUCAGAAUCGCCCGGUUAUAUGAUUACUUUUUGUAUUAUUCACGGUGUAUUAGUGCGAUAUGGUUAAGAAAAGAAAACUAUCAUUGACUAUU